AUGAUUGAGAUCCUCAGCUUAAUCCUAAAGGACGGGGACCCCUCCUGGAUCCGCUCAGUGCCCAUUUGGAAGCGGUCGCCCUGGUGUGAGGUCGUCAUGGGCGCCUUCAGCCUCCCCGACCAGCCCAGCCCUCGCCUCAUGAGUUCUCACCUCCCCAUCCAGCUCUUCACCAAGGCCUUCUUCAACUCCAAGGCCAAGACCUUGUAUGACCCCAUCAACCCUGACAGGGAGACCCUUGACCAGCCUUCACUUACAGACCCCCAGCGUCUGUCCAAUGAACAGGAGGUGCUUCGGGCUCUGGAGCCCCUGCUGGCCCAGGCCAACUUCUCCUCGCUCUCACAGGACACCCUGGCUUAUGCUCUGGUGGUCCAUCACCCUCAGGAUAAGGUCAAGGUGACGAUAAAUUUGGACCAGUAUAUCUACAUGCAGUUCUGGGCCCUGGGCCAGCGAGUCGGGCAGAUGCCCCGUAAGUCCAGCGUGGGCUCCAAGCGUGGCUUCUUCAAGUCGCCCCCUGCAGAGAGGAGAUACUUUAAGCGGGUGGUGCUAGCAGCCCGAACGAAGCGGGGGCACAUGGUGCUGAAGAGCUUCAAGGACAUGCCGUUGGAGGGCCUGGAGCAGCUGCUGCCCGAGCUGAAGGUGCGCACGCCCACCCUACAGCGGGCCCUGCUCAAUUUCACAUUGGCCGUCUCGGGUGUGGUGUUCUUCGUCAAUGUGGGCAUGGUGGUGCUCUCUGACCUCAAGAUGGCCACCUCCCUGCUGCUGCUGCUCUUCACUGCCUUCAUGGGCCUGCGGGCCUCCAAGAUGUUCGGACAGCGGCGCAGCGUGCAGGCGCUGGAGCUGGCGCACAUGCUCUACUACCGCAGCACGUCCAACAACUCGGAGCUGCUCAGCGCCCUGGCCCUGCGCGCGCAGGACGAGCACACCAAGGAGGCGCUGCUGGCGCACAGCUUCCUGGCCCGGCGGCCCCGGGGGGCGCGGGGCCAGCCGGAAGAGACCUCCCAGUGGCUCCAGUCGGAGGUGGAGAACUGGCUUCUAGCCCAGUCAGGCUGUGACGUGGCCUUCAACGGAACUCGGGCCCUGGCGCACCUGCAAGCCCUGACCCCCAGCAUCGGGAUGUACCCGCCCCCGGGUUUCCCCAAACUAGACCUGUUGGCUACUAUCACUUCCCCCAAGGCUGCACCACCCAGCACUGACGACCCCUAAUCGAAACCUCUCUGUCCCGCCCCGCCCAGCCAGCUGGUUGGGAACUAAGCUCCGCCGCCCCCUCGACAAGCCGUCAAUCAUGGCUACGAUGCUUCACCACUCCACAACUUCCAGUUACUCAUUACUACUUAACGUUACUCUGUUUUCUUACACAAAGUCGCCCAUCAAGGCAGCCUGCUGUUGCUAGGCCCGCUCUUCGGAUGAACAGCCAAUCAAAGCUUUUUGGCUCUGCUUCUGUUCCAUCUUGGUCCCCCGCCCCCCCAUCCCACCCCCGCAAACAUUUAAACGUGGUGCCAGCCAAUCACAGCUGUGCAACGCUACAAACCACCAGGCGCAGUUGUUAAACCGUGCCCUCCCGAGGCUAUAUGUCACUGUCUUUUUAGCCUGUACCGGGCAAACUGCCCAUCGUGUUCACCGAGGCGGAGCUCCAGCCCACGUCCAAUGAGAGCCUUUUAGCCCGGUUCUCUGGCAAACCGCCAAUGACAGCUGUUGGCCACAACCAACCUUGGGCAGCCAGUUGUCCCUGCAUGGAAGCAACCAAUCAGAAUUUUUAGAGGAGACCUGAUCUUUCUAUCAAUUGCAGCUACUUAUAAGGCAGGCCAUUUGGUCAGCUGUCGAUCAGCUUGUCCAGGCUGAAGGGGUUGGGAGCUUGGUGCCAGGCAGAAAGCUGGGCCAGGAGGAACCAGAAACUAUCCUCACCCCAAGGCUCACGUCCACUCAGGCCCCAACAACAAAACUCAGACGGCUUCCCUGCCCAGGUCCCUCGCCCUUUCUACAGAAACUACCUCAGCCUGGAUCUUGCCUGCACCAGUGGCCUGUGCAAUAUUUAUUGGUCUGUCAGUUUCUCCCCUGUCCCCUCUCCCAAAGGAAUAAAUCAUGUUUCACAAAU